GCGUCCAACAAUAUCUUCAAAUCAUUCCGGAGAUACUCCUGGGGCCCCAAAAGGAGAAUGACGGGCUCCUCAUUAGGGAACGGCUCCACGGAGCCCGAUGAGAGACAAGCAUUGCUCAGUGACAUUGCCCACAGUAACUCCGGCCUCCGUCCGCGACAGCAGAAGCGUCACUGGUCUCACUGGCCUAGGCGCGUGGCGCAUUUGACGUGGUCGACGCUCGUCCGGGAUUACGUCAAUGUCCUCCUUGUUUUUGUGCCGUUGGGCAUCGUCUCAGGUGCUCUCCAUUGGGACAGCACGGUCAUCUUUACCUUGAACUUUCUGGCGAUCAUCCCGUUGGCCUCGCUCUUGAGCUUCGCGACUGAGGAGCUGGCAGCUACUAUGGGCCAGGCUCUGGGAGGCUUGAUGAAUGCCACCUUCGGUAAUGCUGUGGAGUUGAUUGUCAGCAUCAUUGCCCUGAAGGACAACCAAAUUCGCGUGGUUCAAGCCAGCAUGCUCGGCAGCAUCUUAUCGAACAUUCUGCUUGUUCUUGGCUGCUGCUUUUUUGUCGGUGGGCUCAAGUACUCGCAGCAAUCCUUCAACAGCACGGUCGCAUCGACAAUGUCCUCUCUGAUGACGGUUUCGUCUGCUUCGCUGAUUAUCCCCGCCACCCUUUACGCCUCCUUGAGCGGCUCCGGCGACGAGUCGAAAAGACAUGACAAUAUUUUGAUUCUCUCGCAUGGUACUGCUAUCAUUCUCCUGGUUCUCUAUGUGAUGUACCUGUAUUUCCAGCUCAAAUCCCACGCGGAGCUCUUUGAGGCAGCCAGUGAGGGCCUCGACGAUGCCGAGAACCAGGCAGGCGAAUCUGAGGAGGCUGAGGAGGAGGAGCAUUUGCUCAGUCCAUGGGCAGCCACCGUUGCGCUGAUCGUCGUAACAGUCCUGGUCGCCAUUUGCGCAGAUUAUCUGGUGGGCAGCAUUGACAGUAUUGUGCAAACGACUGGCAUGAGCCGCACGUUCAUCGGUCUUGUUCUUAUUCCCAUUGUUGGAAACGCUGCAGAACAUGUGACCGCUGUGGUUGUCGCAUGGAAAGGAAAAAUGGAUCUUGCCAUCGGCGUUGCCAUCGGAAGCAGCCUUCAGAUCGCUCUGUUUGUCACGCCGUUCCUUGUCAUCCUUGGUUGGAUCAUGAACGUCGAUAUGACUCUGCACUUCCAUAUCUUUGAGACCAUGGCUUUCUUUAUUUCCGGGUUGGUGGUGACAUUUUUGAUCCAAGAUGGAAAGUCCAACUACCUUGAGGGUGGAUUGUGCUUGGGAAUGUAUCUCAUCCUGGCCCUUGCAUUCUACAUCUACCCCGACGAUGUGAACGACGAUGCCCUCUUCCACAUCUGAAAGUUUGCUUGGUAGAUAAUGUCGUCUUUGGACUAUUGCCUACUUUUGCCGUCUUCAUUCACUAUUCUCAUUUCCUAGUUUUACCCUUCUCUGUCUCUCGUUCACCCUCGUUUCACCGGAAUAUGCUCUUGUAAAAAGCGAGCUCGCUGCCUCGGUCUGAGAUCUGUACAGACAUGCCUUAUCAUCUUCUUUGGACCUUUGGUGUGUUUUACUAAGGGAGGUGCUUUUUUGUCCUUCGGUCGCGCUGCGGGUCAGUACCAUUGUAUGCCGGAAAGUAUACGAUUCUGCUCUUAAUAGGCCACGGACCAGGUUUUCACAAGUCUCCUCUGAAUCGGUAUCUAUGCUCUGUUGUCGUAAAGUGUGGAACAAAAAUAAGUUUGUAAGGAUCAG